GGGCGCGAAACCCCGCGCACCAAGGCGGGAAAAGUUUGGCGCAUGCGCAGCCCAGCACGCCGGACUCCUCAGGAUGGGGAAGGGAAGGUGGAGUUUCCAAGCGGGAACUUGACCCGUUAGGAGCCGCGGCCAUGGCGGCGCGGUCGCGGUUCUCCCGGCUGCCUCCGCCUCCAGGGCCGCAGUCGUGCUUCCGGUCCCGGCGCGUCGGCCGCGGAGCCGAGCUGCACGUUGCUCACAGCGAGGCCGAGCGUGACGUCGUGGCGGAUAAAAGCGACGUCCUGCGGAUGGGCGACGAAGGGUCGGGGGCGCGGCGAUGGCCUGGCGGGGCCUCUCCAACCCACGCUCCCCUGGUCAGCGCGCCCGCGGGGUCCCGGCGGCCGGAGGACGUGGAGGCGAAGGUGACUGGGACGCAGCUGCUGGAGGAAGAGCUGAGCAGCCUGAAGGAGGAGCUGGCCCUGUGUCAGGCUGACAAAGAAUUUGUAUGGUCUUUGUGGAAACGUCUUCAGGCAGCAAACCCAAAUCUCACACAAGCCAUCAGUUUGGUUGUCGAAAGAGAAAAACAAAAAUCAGAAGCCAAAGACAGAAAAGUUCUAGAAAUUCUACAAGUCAAGGAUGCAAAAAUACAAGAAUUGGAGCAGAGUGAAUCAAUUCUAAAACAGGAAAUAGAAGAUCUUGUAAAGAUGAAGAUUGCAGUUGAUGAAGAAAAUACUUUCUUGAGGAAAGAAUUCAGUGAUUUACAGAAGAAACUUAAAUAUAAAAGUCAAGAAGUUAAGGAUGCUAAGGACUGUGUACAGAAUAAAGAAGAGCAAAACAGACUGGUUAUAAAAAAUCUGGAGGAGGAAAAUGAGAAAUUAAGUACCCGCUGCACUGACCUGCUAAAUGACCUGGAGAAACUGAGGAACCAGGAAGCACAUUGGAGAAAAGAAAAAUGCAGGACUGAUGCAAAAAUAAAGGUAUACAGAGUGGCCUUUGAAGACAGUUUACUUGAAGCAAAGAAAGAAAUUGAAGUGUCACACAGUAAAUAUAAUGAUCUGUCAUUACAGCUGAAUAAUAAACAGACUGAACUUCACCAAAAAGAUACGGAUAUCAUGCUAGUCAGGAAAGAAUUGCAGGAGCUGCAGAAUCUUUACAAACAGAACAGUGUGCACACAGUACAGCAAGCAGAGCUGAUCCAGCAGCUUCAGGUUCUCAAUAUGGAUACACAAAAAGUACUGAAAAAUCAGGAAGAUGUUCACACAGCUGAAAGUAUAUCAUAUCACAAACUUUAUAAUGAAUUACAUAUUUGUUUUGAAACCACAAAAGCAAAUGAAGCUAUGCUCCGGGAAAGUGUUGUUAAUCUUCAGGAUCAGCUGUUUCAAAAAGAACAAGAAAAUGCAAAAUUGAAAGAAAAACUUCAGGAAUCACAAGGAGUUUCCUAUUCUUCACCUCGAGAGAAUGAUUCAAAUUUCUCAUCACAGUUGUCUCAACAGCCAUCGAUAUCAAGCUUGGAAACAUUAAUGGUCUCCCAGAAGUCAGAAAUUGAAUAUUUACAGGACAGACUGAAAGCAGCAAAUGAAAAACUGUUGGAGAAUAGAUCUUCUACUCAGAAAUACUCAGAGAAGAGCAUCACCCAUGCAGAACGAAAACACAAGGAACCACCUGUAAAACGCUCAAGGUCUUUGUCCCCAAAGAGCUCAUUCAUGGACUCUGAGGAACUAAGGAAGCUGAAAAAAGCUGAAAGAAGGAUUGAAAACAUAGAGAAGACACUACAGCUAAAGAGCCAAGAAAAUUAUGAGCUAAGAGAUGCCCAUGAAAAACGCAAGGAAAGGCUACAGAUGUUACAGACCAACUACAGAGCACUAAAAGAGCAAUUAAAACAGUGGGAAGAAGACAGUGGCAUGACUGAAAUCAGAAAAAUGAAGAGAGCAGAUUCUCAGCAGCUUCAACAAGAGGACUGUGAUGCUGUGUGGAAUGAACUGGCAUAUUUCAAAAGGGAAAACCAAGAACUAAUGGUUCAAAAGAUGAAUCUUCAAGAGGAAUUGGAUGAACUUAAAGUACAUAUGUCUGCUGAUAAAGCAACAAUACAGGAACUGAAUAGGUACAUAACAGCGCAAAGAGAAGAACAUCUCUUUAGAUACCAUGAAGAUGCUGGGGUCAAGAAGAGUACUCCAGAGAAGAAUGAGAAAGAAAUAUCCGAGCAGACAUUACAGAAGGUCAUUGAGUUGGAAAAUCGGGUAAAAUCUUUUGAGAAAAGGACGACAAAACUAAAAGAAGGAAAUAAAAACUUAAAGGAAGAAAAUGAUUUCUUAAAAUCCCACUUAAAACAGUACGAAGAGGAUGCAGAGACCAGAGAAAAAGAGUUAGAACGCCUACAGAAGGCGAGUAAAGAUGCAGAAAAGGACAAAGCUGAACUUGAGGUAAAACCCGCCUUACAGAAGGAAGUUGCGUCCCUGAGGAGGCAAGUGGCCAAAGCCAAGGCUUUUACAAAUGAGAAUGAAGAGGUGGCAAAUUCUGGGGACAAACUGCACCAACCAACAGACAAAGCUACAUCUGAGAUGGCUACCACGGACCUGAGGUCUGGACAGUAUGAUUUUAAGACAACCACGACCAAGGUUAAAUUUAAACCUGCCAAGAAGAAGUGCUCUGCGGGUCAUCACCACACUGUUCUCAAUCACUCCAUCAAGGUUAUGAGCCACGUGUUUGAGAACCUCGGCAAGGACGGCUGGGAGGAUAUGAGUGAAAGCAGCAGUGAUUCGGAAACACAGUCCUCUCAAAAUUUGGGAACCUUUAUUGUGGAAACAUCCCAGAAAAUAAGCCUUGGAGAAGGUGGCAGAGACCAGAAAGACAGUGAUCAGACAGAAGAUGGGCAAGCACAAGGAAAAGAAGUGCAAACAUACUCACAUACAGAUGACAAGACUUCUAAGGAUAUUUCUCAUUAUAAGAAUACCAAAAAAAAAAAUCAGAAGAAGUAUGGUAAUAUGCAAAAGAGCUCAUAUACAGUAGUUCCAAUCAGAGUUAGCAGAGAAAAGCACAAAAAUAUUCCUGCCCAGAAAUCAAGCAGCAGUACUAUUUUAUUACGAGAGCGCAUUAUAUCCUUGCAGCAACAAAACAGUAUGCUUCAAAAUGCCAGAAAAUCAGCAGAAUUGUCUGUUAAAGAAUACAAAGAAGUCAAUGAAAAGCUUCUCCAUCAACAACAAGUAUCUGAUCAACGAUUUCAGACAAGUAGACAGACAAUCAAGAGACUAACUUUGGAUUUGGCUGGGCUUCGGAAAGAAAAAGAAGAUUUGCUGAAGAAAUUGGAGUCUUCAUCUGACAUCACAAGUCUGGCAGAAGAAGUGUCUAGAGUAAUAGCUCCACAGACACAAAUUACCUCACUGGGUCCUUCGAGAAGCAUGGAUUUGGAAAUGAAGCAAUUGCAGUGUAAACUAAAGAAUGCAACUAAUGAACUCACUAAACAGUCAUCAAAUGUGAAGUCUCUGAAAUCGGAACUCUUAGCAAAAGAAGAACACAUGAAGGAAAUGUGUGAAAAGAUGUCUCGAAUGGAGAGAGAUAUAACUAUGAAAAGACAUUUGAUUGAGGACUUAAAAUUUCGACAGAAAGUAAAUUCAGAAAGUAAUGAGAAUUUUAGUGAAAUGUUAGAAAAUCUGGAAAAAAAGGUGAAGUCAUUAACUGAAGAAUGUGCCAACAAGAAGGUGUCAUUUGAUUCACUAAAGCAAAGACUUAAUGUUGCUGUGAAAGAGAAGUCGCAGUAUGAACAGAUGUAUCAGAAAACCAAGGAGGAGCUGGAAAAAAAGGAUCUCAAGCUGAGUCUCCUUGCAUCAAAAAUAGAUGAGACUGAAACUGCGAUGGCAGAAAUUGAGACGACAGCCUCCAAAGAGCUCCAAGGGCUAGCACUGCAAAGUGAGCAGGCCCUGGAAGGGGCACAGAAGAAACUGCUGUCGGCCAAUGGAAAAAUAGAAGAGUUCACCCUAUUCGUAAAGGCUUUGGUCAAAGAGUUACUAAAUGAUGUCCGUGGGAGAAGGCAUCAAAUCAGAGAGCUUAAAAAAAUGCAGAAAAACAGACGUGCUUGUAAAACCUCAACCCAUAAAGCCCAGACCUUGGCAGCUUCUAUCCUGAACAUUUCACAGUCAGACCUAAUGGAAAUAUUGGACACAGAAGAUGAAGUGGAAAUUGAAAAGAUAAAGAUCGAUGCUGAAAAUGAUAAGGAAUGGCUAUUGUGCGUUCAGAAACUCCUUGAAGGACAGCCCCCUUUUGCCUCAUAUUUACUGGAAGCAGUACUGGAGAAAAUAAAUGAAAACAAAAAACUACUUGAAGGAUAUUUCACAAUUAUAAAAGAUGUUAGAUGGUGAUAGAAUCGGAAGCUUAUUUUCAAAGCUUUAUGUUGAUGUGAUUGUAAAACAUGCAUUGUGAUCCAGAUACAGUAUCUGCUCCAGCUAUCAAUAGUUGGGUUCAAUACCGAAAUAAGAAGUCUCUGAAACUAAUUAAUUGCUGAACAAGUGAAACUAAUUAAGUGCAUGGCCAUUUAAAAGGAAAUAGUUGAGCAUUUGAUUGUUGAAUACAAAUAUUGUCACAAAUCAAUGCAAACUUGAAAAUGAUUUUUCUUCUAGUACAUAAGAAACUAGAACAAGCUUUGCACAUACAAACUGGUCUGAUUAUUAAAAGAAGAGUAAAUAAAGGAUAUGGUAUUCUAUGUUUUAUAAAAAAACUGUGUUUUACAUAAAACUGUUAUAAAUGGACUUAUGUGAUCCAGUGAACAACAAAUUUGUAUUGUUAAAAUACUAUAAAGUGAGUCAUCAUAACUUAAAGGAUGAGCACUUAGUUAAAUAAACUGUGUGACUCAGUUGUUACCUAUUCUCAUCAACAUACUGAAUUAUGUAGGAGAUACUGUGUUUUUCAAGAUCUAUCUGGCAGAAAAUUAAAACAUUUUUUUCCUCUCUCUCUCUCUUUGUGCAAUCAUAUAAAUAAGCAAGGAGCCACAGCCUUGUAUCUAAAGUUGGGCCAGACCUAGCAGCAGUUUGUCCCUGCCGUGGUCAGCUCAUUCAAACUGUAGUCUCACCAUUAUGGGGGGUGCAGUGUCCUUAUUUGAAUUCCUGAGCAGCCCCCUUAUUCCACCUCCUCUCUGUAUUCUUGCUGUGCUCUGUCGGAUCUUCUAAGCCACUGAACUCAUGCUUGCCUCCACACUUGCCCUCGGCAUGCCUUUGUGAACACUAUGCCGUUAACUUUACUCAUAUCUGGGUUCUAAUUUCUCGGGUUCACUUUAUUGGUUUCCUUAGAGACAUAUUCUCUGACCGCCUUAUUAUUUAACAUAAAAUCACCUGUUUUGUUGAGCUGUUCACUUUUUUAUUCUGUGGUUUGUUCUCUUCUUUCCCCUUUUAGCAUGUAGAUCCCCUGAGAUUAAAGCAGGGGCUGUCAAAUGAAGGCCCAUAGCCACAUCUGGCCUGCCACUUAUUUUUAUAUGGUCCACAGACUAAACAUGCUUUUAUACCUUAUUAAAUGGUUUAAAAUGAAAAAAGAAUUAUAGUUUGUAGCAUGUACAAUCUUACGAAAUUCAAAUUUUAAUGUAUAUCAAUAAAGAUUUA